UCCUCUCCUCCUGCUCCCCCGACCGACCGACAGACCGCACCGCCUCAUCUGUGGCGUCCACAAACCCAGAGGAGCCAGUAAAGAAGCUGCUGCAUUGUUUGUGUCAGUUACCGCUCAUUUACAGUGCAGCCCCCGGGGAAACGGUAGAGAAGAACAAGAAGAAGGAGCCAGCCUGGUGGUAACCGUUAAAUCUGUCCGAUAACAGGAAAAAAGCAUGUCUGCUCAGCCCGGUGAGGAGCUAGGCUCGGAGGGGAAGUGGUUUGGGGAUGACUAUGAAAGGAACGGCCUGUUUGGGAACACGCCGACCCGGUUCGACGAGCUACGUGAAGAAUUGAAGCCGAGAGGCGGCGAGGUGGCGGGCGACCUGGAUCAACAAUUUCAUCCUUUUCAGGACGACGGGAAAAGGCCUCCCGUUGCUAUGGAAACUGCAUCUACAGAUGACCCCAUGUCUGGCCUGUUCAGGAAGCCCAUGAAUGACGAUGGUGAUGUCUACACAUCCCUGCUCUCAAACCAAAGCUUCACAUCUGGACGAGAAUCCUCUUACCUGUCUGAUGACCUGAAGCAAUCGUCUGGCUUGGAUAACUUCUCCAGCAACACUUACAGCUUCAGCUCCAGUACUAAGAUGACCUCCAGCCUGACUGAUGACAUGCCAAAAUCUCUGUUGGGCUCAGAUAAGACAGAAUCCUACAACUACAUGGACAUCAGCCACAGCGAUGAGCGCCACGACCAGAGCCUUGGAGGUCUGCACAGCCUUGUGGACACAGGAUCAUCAGGUUGUGACUCAAUGGGCAGCUACAUUGAUAAAGCACCUGGAAGAGAUGAGGAGGAUGAAGAGGAAGAAGAAGAAAACCUGGGUCCAGCUCUAGGCUCACACUCUUUCCCCUAUGUGGAGGAGCCGUCUGAUGAAGAGCUGUCAGACUACCGCUCCUACAGAAACCUGGGUGGCACCCCACAGACGGCCAGCCCGGUGAAGAUCACCCUGACUGAGACCAAACUUCCAGUCGGCAAGACAGAGCCCCAGAAAAGUCCUUCUCCAGUCAGUGGGUCUGAGCGUGAAAACGUCCUAAGUGUGGGCCAGCAGGGGGUUCCCACAGUGACGCUAUCAGAGCCAGAGGAUGAGAGUCCCGCUUCCACUCCCAAUGCUUCUCCUACACAGAAAGAGUUCUCUUCCCAUGAUAUGUUUAAGGCUGAAGUGAAGCCUGCAGCUUCCAAAACCACCCCCAGCACAAAGGCCGACAGCAGGGAGCAUGAUGGCAGCAGUGCAGAGUCCGGAGACUCUGAGAUCGAGCUGGUGUCAGAGGAGCCUCCAAAGGCCAGCAGCAACCCGUUUGCCCAGCCGCCUAAAAGCAAGGCCACUUCCGUCCAGCCUAACAACCCCUUUGACAAUCCCCCAGCAGCCAAGGGUGGUUUCGGCCUGGCUGGCAACCACGCUCCACCCACAGCAUACAGUAUUCUGAGGGAGGAGAGAGAGGCCGAGCUUGACAGUGAUCUCUUCAUUGAGUCUGCAUCUGAAGAGAGCCCAAAGAGAGAGCAGGGCUUUGGUGGCCCCAAACAGGGAGUCAGCCCUCCCUCUCCCCUGGUUCCCAGCACCGUCCCUCCCCGCACUCAGGCUGAGGCUGUGCCAGUCGAGCCCCUGAUUCCAGAAAAGGUCAAGGCCCCGGUGAAAUCAGAGGAGGAUCGCCCCACCAAGCCCAAGCCCCCAACUGCAGCUGUGCCCCCAGAGGUACGAACAGAGAGGCCUCAACAGGACGACAUGCACAAACACACCAACGAGGGCAAAGGAGACCUUGGAAAAGCUGCUGCGUUGAUCUUCCUGGAAGGCUUUGACAAACAGAAAGCGAUUGACCUGCUCUACUGGAGGAAUGUGAAGCAGUCAGGGGCCGUGUUCAGCAGCGUGCUACUGCUCCUCUUCUCCCUGACCCAGUUCAGCGUGGUCAGUGUUGGAGCCUACUUAGCCCUGGCAGCUCUCUCCGCCACCAUCAGCUUCAGGAUCUACAAGUCUGUAUUACAGGCCGUGCAGAAGACCGAUGAGGGGCAUCCUUUCAAAGCCUACCUUGAGAUGGAGAUUGCUCUAUCCCAAGACCAGAUUAGUAAAUAUGCCGACAAAAUCCUGCUGUAUUCCAACACCUGUAUGAAGGAGCUACGCAGGCUGUUCCUUGUACAAGACCUGGUUGACUCUCUGAAGUUUGCAGUUUUGAUGUGGCUGCUGACCUAUGUGGGCGCUCUCUUCAACGGCCUGACACUGCUCAUCCUAGCUGUGAUCUCCAUGUUCACAAUGCCUGUGGUUUAUGAGAAACAUCAGGCGCAGAUUGAUCAAUAUGUGGGGCUAAUACGGACCCAAGUCAACUCUGUGGUGGGGAAGAUCCAAGCGAAGAUCCCCGGGUCCAAGAGGAAGGAGGAGUAAGAACUGUCUGUCUCACCGUGAAGCGGACAGUCCAGUCCAGCUCAGAGUCAGGCAGCGUGGUCACUGUUGAAGAGCCUGGUCGUCAUCUGUGGGGCGUAGUGCUAUGUCAUCUUGGUGUUCUCUAAAAGCAUCCACUGGAGAAGCCGUCACCCUGUCAAUAGCAGUCUAAACACUAACACACUGUCACACGUUCAUAAUCCUGUUUCUAGGUAGAGAAGAACACAACUCAAAAAACAAAAAGAAACAGACUUUUUUGUGUUGCUUAUUAUAAAGUGCAUGAAGUCGAGCCUUGGGUAAAUGAUAUUUGAUAUCUUUUGUGCAGUUUUUAAACCACGCUAUACUUUUGCUUUGCAGUGCUUACCACAAACUGUACGGUUUGGCACAAAAAGCUAAAUGCCCUCAGACUGCUCUGCUGCCAAUGUUAAAUACUGCUUCAUGUUUCUGAGUUAGCAGACAGGGCUUCUCUCAGUAUAUGUCAAUAUAUAUAAAUAUCAAAAACAAUUUCCUUUGGUGUUUCCAAGCACAAAAUAAUUUAACAAUAUGCGUCUUAGAUGUGGUAAUUGUAGGGUUUUUGCUUUUGUAUAACCUUAAGGAUCAAUACACACGCUCAUGUUUUAGGUACUGUUGUACAACUACUAUGAAGACAAGGAGUAUCUGGUGAUAUUUAGCUUGUUUGAAUAACUGUCCAACUUUGUACUAUGUUCAACUAUACUCUGUAGUUCUUUAGACCCUGGACUCUUUAACUAUUUGCACUCUCACUAUGUAUUUAAUUACAAGAAUAAGAAAAAUAAAUGUACCUUGAUGUAUAA